AUGUACAACCUUGCUUACUGGGCUUUGGCUCAUGAGCUUUGUUUCUGUUUUCCAUCCACAGAAAUUGUCGUGAACACCUGCCUUCGGAGAAUCACUGUCCCCUACGUGCAUAUUACACAUAUCCCGGCAGUGGCAGUGUUAGCAACCCCAGCUAUGUUCUCAAUGGACUCGGUUCCCAUAUGUACAGGUGAAAUUACGGCUAGUGACUUGAAGACGGAUUCGCACGCACGGUCUAUUGCUAUCUCAACAGUCGCGUCGGUAGCGCCGCAACGUUACACCUUAGCGCAACAAAACACAUCUGUGGAAGUUCCCGCUUCAUGUUCACCUUCAGCUAAAAAUCUCCCGCCUGGGAAUUUUUUCGAUUCAACAAAGCCACUAGAUUCCCUCACAACAACCACAAUGGCGUCCUUUCUGGUACCUCCUCCAAAACCAAGGUCUGAAUACUUUUAUCCAGACGAAAUCAAAUUGAUGCUAGAAGAAGUUGGAUUGCGUAAACACUUGCUUCUUUCCCCAUCACCUUCGACUAACAGACUGAAACGGCGAGCAUGGGAGGAGGUGGCAGCAAAUGUAGCUGCUCGGUGGCCUCAUUCUGCUAGACGGACGGCGGAACAAGUAAAAAAGAAAUGGGAGAAUUUGGUUUCUACUACAAAACGAAAGAUCCGUGCGGGGCAUGUGACUCCGGAAUUAGACUGGAAUGAAACGAACUCAACCAUUGUCGAAUUCCUGGCGCAACACAGUCCUCUAAUUAAACUUCGCUAUGCCAAUGCCUGGGCUCAAUCGCAGUUUGGUUCCUACGGUUUUCCUACUUCUGGCCCUUCUCACUCAACUAAUGCGACAUUUAACCAGGACGGUACCCUGACACCUGAUGAGACCACUCAAGCUUCGGUUAAAUGCGAGCCAAUGGUCCUGGCGAACUGCGUGGAUCCUGCGUCCAAUCGCGAUCGAACAUCCCAAAGUGAUGUUGAAGGAGGUACUGACAACUCCAGUUGUGGCCGGGAUAUGGACUCAAUGAGGACAAGUAGAGAAUUCCAAACGCCGACCGGGCUGCAGAAUUCUCCUGCGGCUUCUGGAACCAGCUCCAUCAACAGUCAUUCACUCUUGUCAGCGAAUCCAUUCCGUUUAUCGGCUCCUGGGCCUGGUUUGAGUGAACCUUCCUAUCUGUGGAAUUGCGGACCUGAAAUUCAAAGGCAGUUGCAGGAACACCUAAACAGGGAGCAUUCGAUGCGACUGGAAAUACUCAGUUUGCAAAAGCGCGCUUGGGAGUUACAGGUGGAGCUUCUGCAACAGGCACUUAAUGAACAAUCCAGUCGAAUUUUGAACGGUUCUAACUCGUUCGUAAAUCGGUGAUUGUGUCCAAAUCUCUUGUCAACUUUGUUCGGUGACGUUUAAAACUCAGUCUCGGUCGCUAGUUCAUCGCUCU